AUGCCAUUAUCGUUUCCUUCCCAUCAUUCAUUGCUUCUUUCUUUCAUUCAGUGCAUCUCCCAACUUUUUUUUAUCAUUAUUUUUCCCAUUAGUUGCUUACUCUUUCCACUGCUAGAAACGAUUUUCUCAUCUAACUAUUAUUGUCUGGAUUUUAUUUUAACUUGUUAUACGUGUGUAUUCUUUUUUCUCUUUUUCUUCCUGGUGCAUUUUAUUCGCUUCCUGUGUCUUUACUUCUUUCUUCCGCAUCUCUCAUUCAAGCAAUACUUUUAUUCUAUCUUUCUUUCUUGCUUUCUUUUUUCUUUCUUACCAAUAUCUAUAAAUUUUUCUCUUUCUUUCUUUCUUUCUUUCUUUCUUUCUUUCUUUCUUUCUUUCUUUCUUUCUUUCCCUUCCUUCGUUCCUUCGACUGAAUCUCAUUCAGUCUUUCUUUCCUUUUGUCUAAUUUUUCUUCCUUCCUUCCUUCCUUCCUUACGUCUUUCAUUUCAAUCAAUAUUCAUUUUUUUCCUUCUAGUUUUCUAUACACCGUUCUCUUUCUUUCUUUCUUUCUUUCUUUCUUUCUUUCUUUCUUUCUUUACCUUCCUCAGUUCCUUCGACUCAAUUUCAUUCAGUCCUUUUUUUUCUAUACACCGUUCUCUUUCUUUCUUUCAUUCUUUCUUUACCUUCUUUCGUUCCUUCCGCUCAUUUCUCAUAUAUUCUAUAUAUCUAUACAUUUUUCUCUUUCUUUCUUUCUUUCUUUCUUUCUUUCUUUCUUUCUUUCUUUCUUUCUGCCUUCCACUCAAUCUCAUUUCUGUUUUUCUUUUCUUUUGUUUAAUUUUCCUUCCUCACUUUCUUCCUUCCUUCAUUUCAAUCGAUAUUCUUUUUUUCCUUCUAAUUUUCUAUACAUUUUUCACUUUCUUUCUUUCUUUCUUUCUUUCUUUCUUUUCCUUCGUUCCUUCGACUCAAUCUCAUUCUGUCUUUCUUUCCUUUUGUCUAAUUUUCUUUCCUUCCUUUCUUCCUUCCUUCAUUUCAAUCGAUAUUCAUUUUUCUUCUAGUUUUCUAUACACCAUUCUCUUUCUUUCUUUCUUUCUUUCUUUCUUUCUUUCUUUCUUUCUUUCUUUCUUUCUUUCUAUAUUCCUUCCUUUUCUUUCUUUCUCUAUAUUCAUUUCUUUCUUUCUAGUUUCCUUUGUUACUUUAUUUUUUUCCUUUCUUUUUGGUUUGUUUUCAUUCCUAUGUUUCCUUUCUUACUUACUUCCUCUGAAUCUCGAUUUCUGUCUUUCUUUCUGUGUUUUGUUUUCUUUUUCUUAUUUAUUUUACACUUUUUCUUUCUUUCUUUCUUUCUUUCUUAUUUCUCUAUUUCUUACAUUUUUUCCUUUUUUGUUUGUACAUUUCUUUCUUUCUUUAAGUGAUGUCUUCUAUCCUUUUCUCUCUCUCCUCUCUCUUUCGCAGUCAGCCUUUCCCACCCUCUAUGUGACAGUUUCCAUUUUCUUCUUUAGUGUUACUUCAAAUCAUUCUUUUCUUUUUUUUGUUUCAGUCUUUAAAGUUUUCUUUUUCUUUCUUUCUUUUCCCUAUGACAAUUUUCCUUUUAUCAUUCUCCUUUCUUUCUUUCUUUCUAUUCACAUCAUUUUCUUUCUUUCUUUCUCCUAUCACCAUUUUCAUUCUAUCGCUGUCACUUUUUCUUUCUUUUUCAUUCUCUCUUUUUGUCUCCUAUCAUCAUUUUCUUUCUUUCUUUCUUUCUUUCUUUCUUUCUUUCUUUCUUUCUUUCUUUCUACUCACAUCAUUUUCUUUUUUCUUUCUUUCUUUCUUUCUUUCUUUCUUUCUUUCAUUAUUUUCUUUUUAUCUCAUUUAUUUUUUCUUUCCUUCUCCCUUUCUUUCUUCUCCUGUAGCCGACACUCCGCUGGCUAUAUCUUUUGA